ACGGGAGGUGGGAGCAAAAACAAAGAGCUUUCCUGUUGCUUGGCAAGAAAACAGAGACGUCUUCAACAAGGCAGGGAGAGGAGAGAGACAGCAGGCAGACACCAGGGAUGUCAUUUUGAUUUUUGUUGGUUUAUACCUGUGCAUUUACACUUCUCUGUUCUCUCUUUUUCCUUUUUCUUUUCUUUUUUUAAAGGGGAGUGUACACCAGCUCCCAUUCACAUUUCUAAUGGGAGAUUCCUGCUGCUUUUCUGCUUUGCUGCGCUCUGAAUCACAUCUCUGAGGGAAGCACGAGGGUCAGGAGGUAAAGAAAAGUGAAAGAGAGAGAGAGAAGAAGAAGAGUGGAGAGAGAGAGACUCAGAAGGUGCAGAGAGGAGGGUUUUUUUGCUGCUAAGAGAAAAGCAGAGUUAUUAGGAAGCAGAAAAUGGGACCGGCUGCAACCUCGCUCGCUCUCCUGUGUUUAUGUUCUCUGGGGUUGUGUGUUCCUACAGGGACGGCUGCUGCUGCACCAACACAGGCGUCUCUGCCAGAGGUGAAGAAGGCAAGAGGGGAUGUUCCUGACAUUCUGCCAGAGCCUGAACCAGAGCCAACCAGCCCCCUGUCAGACUUUGAGAACUCGUACAACUACGUCUUAUCCAGACUAGCCGGCAUGGACCAGGCGAUCCACAAGCUGAACGUCGGUCACUACACGCUGGAUGUUAAAGUCAGUCAGCUGAUGGACCGUCUGACCAGGAUGGAUGCUAAAGUCGGGGAGCUGGAGGACAGCAUCCGCGAGGUCUACCAGCACAGCAAGGACAACCGCAAGGAGAUGGGAAGACUGGAAGGUUGCCAGAAGGGAAAACGGAUGGGAUACAAAUGUUACCUGGUGUACAACAGCUACGAGGAUUACGCAGGAGCGUCCAGAAAAUGCUUGGAGCGCGGCGGCCGCAUGGCAAUGCCCCGCGACCGCAAGGAGCAGGAGGCCCUGGCCGACUACGUCAAGUCCUUCUUCCACCCAGGGAACUGGCCCGUCUGGCUGGGCAUCAACGACCUGCGAUCUGAGGGCAUGUACCUUUUUGAAGACGGGACGCGGGUCUCGUACUUCCAGUGGCGCAAGCAUUUUCUGUCCAGCCAGCCGGACGGAGGGAGGCGGGAGAACUGUGUGGCGAUGUCGUCAGACGACGGCGACUGGUGGGACCACUACUGCGAUCGGACCAUGAACUAUCUCUGCGAGUUUGAUGACAGGGUGGCACUUUAAAACAAACACUUUCCAAGAUAGCUUUACCUUCCCACCACCUUACUACUACUUUAAACAGUAUAUUCUCACAUAACUUAUUUCCCUUUAAAAGACACUUUAAACAUACUUGGGAUGGUUGCUUUCACAGGUGAGGAAGUCUUCAAUUCUCCAUUGGAAACCUGGUGUGUUUUAAUAUGAGUAUAAUUUCAUUUUAAUAUACAGUUUGUGUAGCAUUGUUUAAGUAGUGCCAGUCAUGAAAAUAUUUCAUGGUAUUUUAGGUUUUUAGGGUGAAACGUGUCUCAAAUGCGCACAAAUUUCCGUACUGCUAUUUAACUUCUGAAAGUAGAGAACAAGACUUUAUCAGAUAAUGUUAAUAUUAUGAAAAUGAUAUUAUUCAUGCAGCUGCAGUGAUAUGAAUGUAAGCCAGUCAGGACUCUGCUGUGAUGAAAAUCUAAAUAUUUGUUCAAAAUUUCCAAAAAAGGGAAAACAGAAAAAGCUGGGAGUGCUUCCUUAAGAAUCAGCACAUACUGAACCUCUGGAAGAUAUAAAUCAGUGUGUGUGGGUUUAACUGGACUUAGGCAGGGUUACUCUGUUACUUCAUAUCUUGUUUUAACAAAGUCUGGUACAGGGCGUGACUGCACUGUUAAACUGCUGAUUCUCCAACAUCUUAGGCAAGAACAGGUCAACAUUUUUAAAGCUUUCACCCCCCAAAACACAUUACUGUAUGUGAAUGUGUCCUGAGUCCUACAGUAUAUAUAAUGAUAAAGUUGUACUGUACAGAAAUGUCUGAUUGUAAAUGUUUUUAAUAAAUCUUUACUAAACGUUGA